UAUCCCAUAAAGUGCUUCUGUUCCGAUUUGUAUGGAGGGUAGCUAAGAAGAAAAGACACUGAAGGGUUUAGGGGCUUUACAGCAGAGCAGAAGCUCAUGUGGAUUCCGCAAAUCUCGUAGCGCAUUUAGAUCCACUGAGAGAGUGAGUACAGUGAGUGAGCAGUGAGCGAUGGGAGCCGAACGCUUUUCUCCCAACGAAAACGACAACUGCGACGCUCCCUUCAUCCUCGGUCUCCAACCCUCCGCCCUCGUUGACAGCGUCGCCACCGUUGAUUGGUCCUUAUUUCAUCACAUUCCUCCCGCCGAACGCGGUGGCUCCAUUCCCGUUGGUAUUGAUGAACUUAAAGACAUACUAAGGGAGGUUAAGUCUAAAUCCCCCGAUGCUCGUUCUUCUAUGAAGACUCUCGCUGGUGGCAGCGUUGCCAACACAAUUCGUGGACUCAGUAGUGGUUUUGGAAUCUCCAGUGGAAUUAUUGGAGCCUAUGGGGAUGACGAGCAAGGCCAGCUUUUUGUCAACAACAUGACCUUCAAUGGUGUCAACCUCUCUAGACUCCGUAAGAAGAAAGGACACACUGCACAGUGUGUUUGCUUGGUUGAUGCCUCGGGUAACCGCACAAUGCGACCCUGUCUCUCAAAUGCCGUCAAAGUUCAGGCAGAUGAAUUGAUGAGAGAGGAUUUCAAGGGCUCCAAGUGGUUAGUGUUGAGAUAUGCAAUUUUCAACUUGGAAGUUAUUCAAGCAGCCAUUCUUUUAGCCAAACAGGAAGGCCUUCUUGUUUCCUUGGAUUUGGCCAGUUUUGAGAUGGUCAGGAACUUUAAACUACCACUUAUGAAGCUAUUGGAAUCUGGGAACAUAGACCUUUGCUUUGCCAAUGAGGAUGAGGCAGCUGAACUUUUAAGGGGCGAACAGAAUGCUAAUUCGGUUGCUGCUGUAGAAUUUCUUGCAAAAUACUGCCAAUGGGCUGUUGUAACAUUGGGCGCUAAUGGGUGCAUUGCUAAACAUGGGAAUGAGAUAAUACGUGUACCAGCCAUUGGGGAAGCUAAUGCAACUGAUGCAACAGGAGCAGGGGACCUCUUCGCAAGUGGAUUUCUGUAUGGAGUGGUCAAGGGUUUGUCACUAGAAGAAUGCUGCAAAGUAGGCUCAUGUAGUGGUGGUUCUGUUAUCCGGUCUCUAGGUGGUGAGGUGACAUUGGAGAAUUGGCAAUGGAUGUACAAGCAGAUGCAGAUAAAGGAUCUUCCCGUGCCCAUCGGUGUAUCAAAUGAAUAGGGGCAACUGUUGCUCCCUUCCUUCGUGCCGCCUUCUAUCUUUUUUACUCAAUUUUUUCUCUUGUUUUUUCUUCUUUUUCCAUUUGCCUUUUGUUUUUAUUAUUCAUCUCUUACCAUCAAAUUCAAAUGACAGCUAGAUAUUUUUCAUGAAAACUCGAGUGCGUUUGAGUUUCUGAUGUACUUGAGCUUGAGGCAAUUAUGAAUUGUCCCUUCCAGUUUAAUAUUAACAUAACAACACACACCUAAGUCAUGGUUACUUGACAACAUAUUUAAACUGUCGAUUG